AUGUUCCUUCUAAAGCUGAAACUCAAAAACCCAUCAGCCACUUCACCCGUCGCCAUGGCUGGAAUAACCUCCAAAAGCUCCGAUAUCAAGAAGUACGCUGUUGUUACAGGGGCGAACAAAGGUAUUGGGUUCGAGAUAUGCAGACAGCUGGCUUCUCAGGGUGUUUCUGUGGUGCUGACCGCCAGAAACGAAAGGCGAGGGCUUGAAGCCGUCGAGAAGCUGAAAAAAUCUGGGCUUUCUGAUGAUUACGUCAUGUUCCAUCAGCUUGAUGUCACAGAUUUGCCCAGCGUUCAGUCUCUUGCUGGGUUUGUCAAAUCCAAGAUUGGGAAGCUUGAUAUUUUGGUGAGCAAUGCUGGGGUUAAUGGAGUUGCCGACAGUGAGGGUGGUGGAUCAAAAUCCAGGAAAACUGAAUAUGAUUUAGCAGUUGAGUGCCUGCAAAUAAAUUACUAUGGACUAAAGAGGACUACUGAAAAUCUUCUUCCCUUACUUGAGUUGUCUGAGUCGCCAAGGAUUGUUAAUAUUUCCUCCACAAUGAAGAGUGUCGGGAGCAACAAGCGGGCCCAAGAGAAACUCAACGACAUAAAAAACCUUACAGAGGAUAAAAUCGAUGAAGUCCUGAACGAAUACCUUAAAGACUUUAAAGAGGGAACCUUAUCAGCCAAAGGUUGGCCUAGCUAUUGGGGUGCGUACUGUGUCUCGAAAGCGGCCGUGACUGCAUACACCAAUCUUCUUGCCAAAAGGUAUCCUAAAAUGCUGGUUAACUCGUUGUGCCCUGGUUGGGUCAAGACCGACCUCAGUAGACACUCGGGCCCAUUGAGGCCUGAAGAAGGGGCAAGGAGCCCUGUGAGGCUAGCCCUUUUGCCAGAUGGUGGGCCCUCGGGCAAGUUCUUUGAUCAGAUGCAAAUGUCCUCUCAACUUCUUUAG